UUCCAGCAGACUCAACAAGCAGCAGAAGGGAAAGAUCUGGGGCUUAUUGCCAGAGAAACAUUUCUUAGUGUAAACAUUUGAAGGCAUCUUUAGAAUGCCCUUAUCAUAGGGAGCCCGGAAGCUUUUGUACUCUGGAAGUUUUCAACUCAUCACCAGCUUGGCAGGCAACUAUGGCAAAAAGACUUUUUAUUGUGGAUUUUUAGUACACAGAAAACUAAAACCUAGCUGACCAGAAAGACUGGAAUUUCAGCUCUCUCUCUCGCCCCCUCAUUGGAUUUUUUUUUCUCUCUCUCUCUUUCUGCAAGCUCCUUAACUCAGAGAUUACUUGGGUCAGUGACUGACUUUCAUUAUCCCUCUUGUACCAGUAUACUCUUGUCUCCAAGCUCCUGAAGGAAUAUUGCUACCUGAUUAGCAGACAUAUAAAGCACCCUGAAAGCGCAUACAUCAUUUUUGUCACAAUUGGUCAACGAAUUUUAUUAAAGCCCAAGAACACUCUGAAAGGUGCCCUUGUCCAAAUUUCAAUCACACGGGCAUAUCUUAAUAGAAAAUAUACAGUACGUUAUUGCCUGCGACUAAAGCUGUUUCCCUUAAUUAUAUGGUGAAGUUCUACGGUAGAACGAAGAGACAAUCUCUUUUGUUUGGGACGUUUACUAGUUGAAGGCAACUGGAUUUCCCUAAAAAUAUGAAGCCCUUUGAGAUUACCUGUUUAUUUCCACUGCUCGCUGUUAUCCUGAGAUGCAUCUGCUCCUCCUUUGUCAGCGUCAAUCUUGGGGUGAAAGUGAUGAAGGGCCAGUCUGUCUUCCUGUCAGAAGAUGACCUGCAAUUUUCCAUCCCGAGAGAGAAAGAUGCUUGCAAAGUGGAAGUUGUGAUUAAUGAGCCAAUAACACAGAGGGUUGGGAAACUAACUCCACAGGUGUUUGACUGUCAUUUCCUUCCUAAUGAAGUCAAGUAUACUCAUAAUGGUUGUCCAAUUUUAGAUGAAGACAUGGUCAUGCUUCGGCUAUACAGAUUUACAGAAACUGAAACGUUCACAGAAACGUUCAUCCUUCAGGUGCAAUUACUUGAACCAGAUUGUAAUAUCAUCAAAAUCAGCUCCAGUGCCCUGGAGGUCCCCGAGUUUUAUGGCCUGUCCAGGGUGAUUGACAAGAAUAUGCUUACUUUUGACUAUGACAAGAGGACAAACCUGGAGUGCACCAUCACACUGGCCUCGUUAGAAAUGCUUCUACCAGCCCACGGUCAACUUGUCAUUGGAGAACCUCAGCAAGAAGAGCCUCGUGGAGAUCAACCUCAUAGCUUCUUCCCCAGAUCCAAGCACAGGACGAGCCAAAGGUGCAGGAGUGGAAACUGUGUUCCAGAACUGAAGAUGAUUCAGAACACCAAAAUGAGCUGUGAGGAAUUUUUGCUGAUGGGAAUUAGAUACCAGCAUCUUGAUCCUCCUUCACCCAACAUUGAUUAUGUUCCUAUCCAGCUGCACCUCACAGACAGCAGAAGCAAAAUUCUACACAAGACAGAGCAUGCCUGGCUCCCUGUCCGAAUCAAAGGUGCUGUUCCCAACCAAAUCCCCAGAGCUGCCUUCAUAUCUAUGUUCAUCCUGGAGGUGGACCAGUUUAUUCUGACCUCCUUGACAACAACAACAUUGGAUGCCGAAGACAGUGAAACACCCAAAUCCCUGCUAGUGUUCAACAUUACCAAGCCACCCUCCCAAGGCUACAUCACUCAUCUGUUAGACCAUACCAAGCCUAUCACCUCCUUUACAUGGAAAGAUCUCAGUGAGAUGCUUAUAGCAUAUCAGCCUCCAAACAACAGCCACACAGAGAGGAGGAAUUAUGAGAUGGAGUUAGAGGUUCAUGACUUUUACUUUGAAAGGAGUUUACCAAUGACUGUGCAUAUCUCCAUCAGAACCACAGAUACAAAUGCUCCUCGGGUUUCAUGGAAUACAGGCCUGGAUCUCCUGGAAGGGCAGUCCCGACCAAUCACAUGGCAACAGUUUCAAAUAGUGGACAAUGACAACAUCGGGGGUGUUCGCUUGGUCACAAUUGAUGGCUUACAGCACGGACGGCUGACUGUAAGAGGAGGGAAAGGAUUCAUGUUCAUGGUCUCUGACCUUAAGGCUGGGGUUGUUCGCUACCACCAUGAUGACAGUGACUCUACAAAGGAUUUUGUGGUAUUUAGGAUCUUUGAUGGCCACCACAGUAUUCGCCAUAAGUUUCCAAUCAAUAUCCUGCCUAAAGAUGACAGCCCGCCUUUCCUCAUCAGCAACAUUGGAGUUGAACUAUAUGAAGGGCAGACGGUUCUGAUCCAAGGCUCUAUGCUUCAAGCUUCUGACAUGGACUCCAGUGAUGACUACAUAUUCUUUAAUAUUACCAAACUACCACAGGCUGGAGAAAUCAUGAAGAAACCAGGACAGACCCUUAUAGGCUAUCCUGUUACUGGCUUUCUUCAGAGAGAUCUGUUUAAUGGACUAAUUUAUUACCGUCACUUAGGAGGAGAAAUAUUUGAGGAUUCCCUUGAAUUUGUCCUGUGUGAUAGCCAUGACCCUCCCAAUCUCUCAGAGCCACAGGUGAUGAUAGUUCACAUUAUUCCUGUGGAUGAUCAGCUUCCAAAAGAAGCUUCUGGAGUUACCCGUCAACUAGUUGUUGAGGAAACUAAGAUAGCUCAUCUAACUAAGAAACAUCUCCAUUUCAUAGACAUGGAAGCACAAGAGAGGGAACUCACCUACAUAGUAACCACCUCUCCAUUUUUCUCUUCUACUCAUAGCCCCUCCGAUGCGGGGAAGUUGUUUAUGAUAGACAGCAUGCCAAAACCAAUCAAAGAUCCUGCUGCUCCAGCAUUGAGAUCAUUCACUCAGCAUGCUGUGAACUAUAUGAAAGUUGCCUAUAUGCCCCCUAUUCAGGACAUUGGGCCUGAGCCCCAACAUGUCCAGUUUAUUUUUUCAGUCAGCAAUCAGCAUGGAGGCACUUUGUACGGGAUCUGCUUUAAUAUUACAAUUCUUCCAGUGGACAAUCAAGCUCCUGAGGUAUUUACAAACAACUUGAAAGUAAAAGAAGGGGGACUGUGCAUCAUUACAGGGAAUCAUAUUCUGAUGUCAGAUGUGGACACAAAACAGGAGAACCUCCACAUUUACCUUCAGAGGCAACCGCUACAUGGAAUAGUGGUACUAGAUGGAUUUCCCAUGAAUGAAGGUGACAGGUUCACCUGCAAGGACCUGCAAACAUUAAGAGUCAGGUAUCAGCACGAUGGCUCUGAGACUCUGCAUGAUGACAUCCUCUUUGCAGCCACAGAUGGCAUUAAUUCUUUAGAGUUUGUCCUACAGGUCAAGGUAUUACCUGUAAAUGAUGAGCCACCUAUCAUGAAAGAUGGCCUCAUUCCCCUAAUACAAUGUCCAGAGGGUGAGGAAGUUGUGAUCACUUCAGAAUAUAUUUAUGCCAAUGAUGCAGACACUGAUGACAUGAAACUGAUGUUCAUGCUGGCUCGACAGCCCUACCAUGGGGUUGUGAAGAAAGCUGGUAUCAUUGUGGAUCGCUUCUCCCAAGCGGACAUUGUCUCUGGAGUAGUGAUCUACAAGCAUACUAGUGGGGAGCUUGGCCUGACCCCUUGCUUUGACACCCUAACCUUGGUUAUCUCAGAUGGUGAAGCUGGUGUGGAUGUGAAUGACUGCUGUUAUGAUGGACUUCUUCCUCCUCCAGUUCCACUUCAUGAUUCCUUUCCAGUAUAUGACCUUAACAUCAGUGUAUUUCCAGUGGACAACCAACCACCAUCCAUUGCAAUUGGUGCCAUGUUUGUUGUGGAUGAGGGUUUCUCAGCUGUCAUUACCACUAACAAUUUGUUUGCUACUGACCCCGACACCGCAGCAGAUGACUUAGAGUUUGUUUUGGUUUCUCCUCCCCAGUUCGGUUACAUUGAAAAUAUAUUACCUUCUCCUGGGUUUGAGAAGAGCAACAUUGGUAUAAGUAUAGCUUCAUUUCAGCUGAAACACCUGAUAGCCUUGCAUAUCAAUUAUGUGCAGUCCAGGCAUGUGAGAACAGAACCAACUUCAGAUCAGUUUAUGAUUUAUGUCACUGAUGGGAAGCAUCAUUCAGUGGAGACCCCAUUUUAUGUCCUGAUCAACCCAACGAAUGAUGAAGUCCCAGAAUUCAUAGCAAGAAACAUAACUGUGCAGGAGGGCCACAUACAAGAACUAGAUUCCUCUGUAAUCAACGUGAUUGAUCUGGAUGUUCCUCAAGAUCAUCUGAUGUUUACAAUUAUCCAGCAGCCCCGGCAUGGAUUCCUCAUUAAUGGAGUUUAUGGCAAUGACAUAAUGAGUUACAAACGAUUCAUUAGCAAUCACCACAAUCAUGAGUUUCCUGUGCAUGACUUCUCCAUGAAGCUUCUUAAAAAUGGACUGAGGCUGGUGUACAUGCAUGAUGACUCUGAAAACCUCACUGAUGGUUUUACCCUCCAGCUGUCCGAUGGGAAACAUAAAGUCCUCAGAACCAUUUUGGUAAAGGUCAUCCCGGUUAAUGAUGAGAAACCAAUGCUGAGCAAGAAGGAUGAGCUAGAGGUGAACAUGGGUGAAACCAGAAUAAUUUCUAGUGCUGUUCUGUCAGCUGAAGAUAAAGAUACCCCUAGGGAGAGAAUUUACUAUUUAUUUGAAAAAAUUCCAGAAUAUGGGCAGCUUCAGCUCAAGGUUGGUGGGGAGUGGGUGACUCUCCAAACUGAAAUGAAGUGCACCCAGGAGGAAAUAGAUAUGAAUCUUGUGAGAUAUGUGCAUACAGGAGCUAUGGGAUCCAGGAACCAAGACAGCUUCACAUUUCAUCUGUGGGAUGGGGACAACAGGUCCCCAGCACUGGACUUCCACAUAACUAUCAAGGAUAUAGAAAAGGGGGAUAUUGCUGUUUUCAUAAGGCCACUUACUGUAACUAAGGGGGAUAGAGGUUACUUGACAACUGAUGUUCUCCUUGCAAUUGAUGGAACUGACAAACCAGAAGAGCUCCUCUAUGUGAUAACUUCUCCACCUCAGUAUGGACAGCUGCAGUACGUCAGGUAUCCUGGAGUCCCCAUUGCAAGUUUCAGCCAAAUGGAUGUAGCAGGUCAAGCAGUCUGCUAUGUCCACAGUAGCAAGGCAGCUGCUCCCCAAGAUCUAUUCAGAUUUAUCAUCAGCAAUGGACUGAAGACUAAACAUGGAACGUUCGAGAUCAUGCUGGAAACAGUGGACCAAGCUUUGCCCAUAGUGUCUAGGAACAAGGGGUUAAGAUUAGUGGAAGGCACUAUGGCACUCCUUUCUCCUGAUGUCCUGCAGCUUUCAGACCCAGACACUUCCUCAAAGAACCUUACUUUCCUCUUGGCACAGCUCCCUCAAUAUGGCCAUCUGUACCACCGAGGGGCAGUGCUGCUGCAGCACAAUUUUACCCAGCAAGAUGUGGACAACAUGGACAUUGCAUAUAAACACGGAGGAGGGGAUUCCCAGAUUGACAGGUUUACAUUUGUUGCAACAGACAGGACUAAUGCAGGCUUCCUUGUAGAUGGGAAGGUGCAAAUGGAGCCUGUGGCAUUCAUCAUUCAGGUGGACCAUUUGGACAAAACUGCACCAAAAAUUGUUCAUCUCCGUUGUGCUUCAGAUGUAGAGCUCCUAAAAAAUGGCAAACAUGGGAUUUACAUUACUGCCAGGUCCUUGAAGGCAUAUGACCCUGAUACAGAAGAGGAUGAAGUUAUUUUUAAGAUUUUACGAGGCCCUCGUUAUGGCUACCUGGAAAAUAUAACAACAGGUGGAUUUAUUCAGGAAGGAUUCAGCCAAAAGGAUUUAAAUAGCAAAAUCAUAUUUUAUGUCAUCAAUCCAUCCUGCGGGGUGAAUUCGGACAGUUUGGAUUUUCAAGUCACAGAUCCCACCAGAAACUCUGCGGCCCCCCAAACUCUGGAACUGAGGUGGUCUCAAAUUGAAAUGCAACAGGCUGCGUAUGAGGUGUGUGAGAAUGUCGGAAUGUUGUCUUUGAAAAUCACCAGAACAGGGCAUUCCAUAGACUCUGCCUUUAUUGCAGUGAAGGUUAAAGAAGUGUCUGCUACAUUGGGAAAGGAUUUUACUGUGACUCCCUCAAAGCUCAUUCAGUUUGAUCCAGGAAUGUCAACCAAGACGUGGAAUAUAGCAAUUACCUAUGACGGAUUAGAGGAAGAUGAUGAGGUCUUUGAAGUAGUUCUGAACUCCCCUGUGAAUGCAAUUCUUGGCACCAGGACAAAAACUGUAGUGAAAAUUCUGGACUCAAAAAGAGGUCAAUGCAGCUCUUUCCGAUCCUCUGGCCAAAACAAGCACAACUUAUGGGGGACAGGCACAUUGCUUCCAGUUUCCUCAGGCUCUUCAUUGCUCUCCAAUCCCAGCACUGUUCACUUGGAAGAAAUCCCACCUUCCUCUUCAAAAGAGAUGAUGGUGCAUAGAGGGGAUGUGUUACAGGAAUUCAACGUGGUGAAUCUGUCAAGGAUGAGGCUUAGAGCCGUCAGAAAUGGCAGAAUAGUUCGUCCUUCAUCUGUGUUAAGAAAUGGCACCGAUGUGGCUUUUAGAUAUCAGGGGUUGGUUUCUCUCAGAGCUGAGAAUGACACCUCAUCAGCUAAUGCAAACAAGGCUAAUGAGUCAAUAAUUAACCAAGGGCAGACAAAGAUAAAUAUGAUCUCCUCCAGGAAGAUAGAAGUCCCACAAGCUGAUAAGGCAGAAUUGAUGUCUGAAUCACACGCUAGCCAACAGGACCCAGUCCUCUCAUUACCAAAGAGCUGCACUCCUGAUUUAGAAGGGCUCUUGCAUUUUGACGAACACACCCAAAACUUAUUUCAGUGUGAUGGGAUUUCAUGGAAGUUAUGGACUUCGAAAAGCAAGGAUGUUAGCAUGAAAAAAUGCCCAUCUGGAUGGAGCCAUCAUGGUGGCAGCUGUUAUUUCCUGGUUACAGAUCAGAAAGCCACUUGGAACACAGCUGCUCGGGCUUGCCGAGAACAAUAUCUUGGAAGUCUAGCAAGUGUGGUGACUAAACAACACAUGCAAUGGCUGUGGGAUUUCAGUGGAAGGAAGCCCUUUUGGAUAGGCUUGAAUUACCAUGUCAAUCCUGGCCACUGGGAAUGGAAUGGAGGAGAACCUGUCACCUUCACAAAUUGGAGAAGAAGACCAUCUCACAGUUCAAAGCAAGGAAAGAAUUGUGUUUUGGUACAAAGGCGAGGAAACUGGCAAGCAAAAGACUGUAGGAAGGGUAAUCGGCAUAACUAUGUCUGCUCAAGAAAGCUGUAAAUAAAAUUGACACUCAUCCCCAUCUGGCCUUUCUUGUGCACAGAAUGAGUAACUUCUAUAUUUGCAGUGUAAUGAGGGUAUAAGUGUAGACAAAAAAAUUCAUUAUUAUCAAGGUUUAUUUUUAUACUCCUAUUGUGAUAUAUUUGUGUCAAAUCAAGUGACUGUGGUAGUAGCACUGUGCUAAGCAUAGCCAGAAAGUGGUGGGCAAAUAGGCUUGUACUAGAGAACGCUUCAAAUUCAAGCACCACUAAGGUCCAGAAUAUUUGGCUCUUGGUUUUGGUUUGAGCUCAUUAAAACAAUAGAAGCCACUAAAUUCAGACUUGAAUCCAAUUUCAGUUUUCAAACACCUCCAAAGUAUUUGGAUUUGUCACUUGUUCUGAAGAGAUGCCCAUAGACUAAAGCCUUAGAUCUUAUACCUAACUGCUAUUUAUAUCUAUUCAUUUAUUUUAAAACAAAAAUAAACUAACACAACAGUCCACUUGCAGGUUCCAUGAUUGGUGAAUGUAAAUUGUCUGUUGAAUUCAGCCACAAUAAAACCUACAGUUCUAUUAGCUUUCUUUGUCACUUGCAGUUAUAAGGAAAGAAGGAGAAGAGGGGCGGGGUAACAGGCUUAUCUGCCAAGUGAAGUCUGUUUCUGAUAUUGAGGUGCUAUUAGGGAUCUUAGUGCUUCUGUCAUUGUUGUCCUAGCAUAGCACCUGAUCCAGAAUUCACUGGAGUCCAUGGGAAGAAUCCCAGUGAGAGUUAGAUCAGGCCCACUGUGCAGAACUGCCGUGGGGAAGGAAUUCCGCUUUUGUCUUUUCCCCACCUUGCCCACCUGCACAAGUCCAGCCAUAAUCUAAGUUCAAGGACUUUAGCUCCUAAUUGGAUCUGCCCACCUGGACCCAAAUGCAGGUAUAACACUUACAGAUCUGGCACCUUUUUACAAAUUUAAGUUUAUUUCUUACAAAGUUUUUAAAAACUCAGAAUUUAAUUGGAAGAAAAACUGCUAGAAAAAUAACUUCUUAAUGUUAUUACUACUGCAUACGUACUGUACUCACUAUAGAGUUGCUUUGUCUAAUGAAUCUCUCAAAGGAACCUUUUUGCCUCAAUACCUAACAAAGGGUAUGUCUACACUACAGCACUAAUUCGAACUAACUUAAUUCAAAUUAGUUAAUUCGAACUAAGCUAAUUCGAACUAGUGC